AUGUCUCAAACAGAAACCAAGCUCACAAAAGAUGAACCAAUACAAAGUGACAGCCAAAGCAUCCAGCUAGGUGUACAGAGCGACAUCUUGAAAUUUGAUGAUGACGAUGCAGUCCUUCGAGCUAAUGGUCAUGAUGCCAUAAUGCCUCGUCAAUUCAACUGGGUAUCUGCACUAGGACUUGGAUUCUCAAUUACCAACUCGUGGGUUGGCUAUUUGAGCUGCUUUGGUCAGAACCUCACAUACGGUGGAGCCCAGACUUGCAUAUUCAGCUUGAUUGUCGCUUUCUUUGCCCAGGGAAUCGUCACUGUUGGACUGGGUGAACUAGGUUGCUCAGGAAUCUCCCUUUCAGCCCUCGUGAUCAAUGGUAUCGUGAACUUUUGGAAUCCGAGUUAUGUCGCAAAUCAGUGGCAAACAUACUUGACUUAUGUCGGGGUGUCUUUUGUUAGCUUACUUCCGGUGUUUUUUGCUUCCAAAGUUGCCAUUAUGACCCAAAUCACACUUUUUCUCAGUCUAGCGGGAUACCUGAUAUUCUUUAUUGUGUCCAUCGCGAUGCAUACGGAGCAGCAGCCGGGCUCUUUCUUGGUACAGUCUGGAUUGGGCAACAGCGGCUGGAAUGAUGGAACAGCCUGGAUGCUGUCCAUUAGCAAUGCCAUGUAUGCCUUUGGAGGUACGGACGGUGGUGAGUAA